AUGGAGGUUACUGAAAUAGGCUGGAGACCUGCCUCAGCGCGCACCUUGCCGUCCAACAGCGAUUCCAAAAUGCCUCCCAAGCCUCAUCACCCGAAGCCUGGGAAGAAGCAUCACCGUCAAGGACCCCAGGCUCGUGGAAACAAGGGCCCUCUCGCUGUCGCCGUCUUCCAUCCGAAGGUCACGUCCUUCACCCUCAGCGAGUACCUGGAAAAGUGGCUCGAGAUCCACGAUGCCAUGUCCAACAAGCCUGCUCAUGUUGGUGGCUACGUUGGCCCCGCCGGACUCAGGACGCGGCAUUUCACUCAGGAUACCUUGCUCUUCUCCUCUCGCGACUACCUAGACCAGACCGAGGAACGUCGCGUCGCAUCCGGCAAAACUGCCUGGUCCAGAGGUCUUUCCGGGCUGCUCUCGAUUGACGAUAUUGCCGCUCCCCUGACCGAGGCCUUCUUCAGCAGCGGAUUGCAGAGUGUCCGUCAACUUGCAGCCACCUCGACUCAUGUAUGGGGCAUCAUAGCAGGCAAUGCUAAAAUUUGGGGCUUCUCCUCUGGGAUGCUCGAGUCCGAUGUCCGAAGUAACAUCUUUCUGGUCGUGAAUCCCGAGUACACCGUCGGCGACAUGAUCGAGGCGAGAGAUCAGGAUCCCAUGGGUCACCGUUCCUGGAACAAGGUCGCCACCUACAUCCUGCAGGACGAGUACGCUCACAAGCUUGGAGAUGAGACCAUGGAAAUGAUUGGGUACCUGAACGAUGAAGUCAAUAUUUGGCCCAAGCGUCAGAUUAUGCGCGGCUCUGGCGAGGAGAAGUUCCAGAUUGCUCACGAGAUUCUGGCUCAGCGUCUACAAGACAUGCUCCGGAAUAUCUUCGCAUUCCACCAGAGCAUCAGAGUGCUCCAUUUCGACAAGACGCCCUUUCUGGACAGACGCCUUCUCGCCGUCAUCCUCCGUGGCUGCCCCAACGUCACUGCCCUCGGCGUCUACGACUGCCCGCUCAUCCACUUCGGAGACGUCAUCUGCCUCCUGGACCUCAUCUGGGAUGUGAACAGGAUACGGGUCGCACAGAAGAGGUCCACCAUCACCUCGUUUGAUUUCUUCCCCUGCUUUGAACGUGGCAUGCCCUUUGACCAUCCCUCAGCCGCCACGUAUGGCCUCAGCUGGAUUCCUAUGACGUGUGAAGUGUCCCAGAGGGGGCUCUACGUCAUCAUCCUAAAGGCAUUCAUGAAGGCCCACCAGAUGAAGCUUGAUUCCCUCUUCGGCGAGCACCAAGCGUUGAGGGAAUACCUGCUCCGCGUUCCCAACCUGCCGUUCAGUGUUCCCAUGUUCCUCGACGCUCUAUACCGACUUGUGAAGCUCCCCAAGACCAGGGGCCGUCCGCACAAGGACGAAGGGGAGAUUAUAUCCGACCUCCUGAAGCCAAUACGCCUCGACUUCAGCAGGGGCUUGGCAGAUGACUGUCCGGACCUUCACCCUUCCAAGGUGGACCGAGACCGUCUCUUCUGUGUUUCCUGCGGCUACGAGAUGCUGCAGGACUUCUUCACGCCGCCUGCGGUCGAAACCGUCCAGUCGGAACGCCUUUGCGCUGGGUGCCUCCUCCAGAGCCGUCUUGAUGGGGAACAGCACCGGCAGAAGAAGGCCAAGCGGGAGUGCUUGGAUGGCCUGUUCCCAGACCACGACCCCAUGCAGUUCAACCAGGACGCCCCGAUACCAAAGGGUGGCGCAGCUGCCACUGUCAUCCGUCUCAGAUCGGCCCGAUCUGAGAUGCUGAACCCGGCCCUUCCCCUCUGUCUCCCGCAUAUCCUGAAUGACGGCGGUGCGCGGCCGCAGCCGAGGCCACUUGUCCGGAACAAGAAAGCCCAUGGAGACUCACUCAGGGGCCUCCCCGAUCUCGACAACCUGCUGUCUGCGAAUGAGUCCAGGGUAGUACGUUGGAUGGACUUUAAGGCCAACUGCCGUCGUGUCGACGCCUUUGCCUGCGCUUCCUGGUUGGCCAUAGACCAGAGGUGCGGACAGAGCGACCGGUCUACAAUUAAGCGUAUCCGGGAGAUCAUACCGCUAGGUAAGCCUAACCAUUGGGAGGAGCUGCAGUUCCGGAAGCACGGAUGCUUUACGGAGAGCUACACGUUUCCCGAGGCCCUGCACCGUCAUCUGGAGCUGGUCAGCAAGGGCUGGCUGCCCGGCGGCUCCCCCGCCAAGGUUGUUGGCAAGAGUCGUGUGGAGACGUAUAACAAGAAUAAAGGAAAGAAUUUCUGGUAG